AUGGCGCAUCGCCGGCAACGAUCACGACGGGCCUUGCAUCUCACAACGUUGCUAGCUAUGGUCUCGACCUCAUCGGCUGUCAACCUGUCACAGUUCCAGCUCAUUAUAUCGAAUAGCAUAUCGAAAAGCUGCAUUCGUGCCUAUCAGACGGAAAUAGAGGGCUGCAAUGUUAAGGAUUUCACCAGUGGAAAACAAUGUUCGGCGCCUUGUGUAAAGGGCCUCCAACAGGAGGAGGAUCUUAUACAGGAAGCCUGUGGGGAUCUUAAUAUCAGCCACAGAUCGUUGCUGGGGAUCGCGUUGUCGGGUGAUUUGGUCGAUACCCUCUGCCCCGGUCUCGAUCCGACAACUACCGUCACCACGACUGUACAUCCCUCAUCAACUAAGGGGGGAUUUUCAACAAUAGUUACGGCACCGACAAGUUUUCCGACGGACACUACCCGUACGACUGAAAAGAUAACAUCCACGACGUCAAGUGAAAAGACCAGUACCAGUACAAGUACUACAAGUACUAGCGAUCAAUCGACGACAACGCAACCCUCAACGACUCAAGAAACUUCAACGACAUUAGCUACAACCACAGCUACUGAGUCGAUUACCGAUACUACGUCAGCACAAAAUACGGCGCAACCUACCACGCCAAGUGAAUCGUCACAAUCAACGUCGUCUGAUGACAGUGUACCGACACCCUUUUUUGGCGGCACACCAUUUGAUCCUUUACCUCCAGAGCAGGGACUGGGUUCAGCCUUAUCGGCAGGAUACGGCAAGGAAGCGUUGGUAGUUGCGAUAUGUGCUGCUCUGUUAAUGUUAUGGUAG